AUGGCAGGGAUAGAGCAACUAGAAAUCCACAGCAAGUCCUAUAUUGUGCGAUGGGUUAAGGUCGACGAAGGCCAAACUAUUUCAUGGAGUGUCCAGCCGCAUAAGAAGUCAAUUAAUUUUGGCAUCGUUAAACACCCCGGUACCGGCGCGACAAACCCUAUCCCGACAUUAGACGGCACGAAUACCGAUGUCGAACAGGUUGAUGGCCAUGGAAAGGGUAAUCGCUUUGCGAAGAAAGAUUCCAGCACAGCUCAGGAGCAACUGGCUAGCAAGGGGUUCAUUCCAGUGAAAUGGUAUGGGAAAUGCGAGGCCGACAAAGUAUCUAUGGGAACAUAUGAUGUGUUCAAGGGUCAUGGGGGGAUGUUCGGUUUAAUAUUCGAUAAUACCUUCUCGAAGCAAACAUCCAAGACAGCGACCUUUGUUCUUCUACCUACCCUACAGGUGCACCGCCGCAAGGAGCACAUCAUCUUCCAAACCUCCAAGCUGGUUCCCACGCAAGUAGCAAGUCAUCCGGCCGGCCGUCAGCGGGCCAAAUCUAUGGGUGCGCGUAGUGAUGGAAUAGCAUCGUCGACUACAUACACGGGUACUUUAUUGAAGAGGCGGAGAAAGAAGGGCCAGGGUUAUGCCCGUAGGUUCUUUUCCCUAGAUUAUUCAUCUUGCACCAUGUCAUAUUACCACAAUCGGAACUCGUCUGCAUUAAGAGGAGCUAUUCCCCUAAGCCUAGCUGCAAUUGCUGCAGAUGAACGACGGAGAGAAAUCAAUAUCGAUUCUGGAGCAGAAGUUUGGCAUCUAAGAGCAUCUAAUGCUAAGGAAUUCAAUGAAUGGGCACGCGCUUUAGAAAAGGCAAGUAGAAUUGCAAGGGGCCUCGAACCAAUGCUUGAGGAACCUUCUCCCGAAAAGCUUACCGUGGCAACUCCAAAGCAAACCAGUUUGCCGAACUCGCAGCAAGAUGAGGACCGGGAUGGCAACAAGUUGAGACGUUGCGCCACGCCCUCAAAGCUCACACUUAUCGCAGCUUCCCCAGCAGCUAUCUCAGAAGGCGGUGAUGGUUAUUUUACCGCAGCAGCACAGGACAAGCGCCCAUUCUGGAAGAGAAAACAAAGUUCCUCGCCUCUUCCGCCAGAUUCGUUGACACCAGGAGCCCCGUCGGCUUUAGCUGUUCCAACACCAGGAUCGGUAGCUACAAUAAGACCGAAUGGGUCUAGCCACGGUGAGAAAGCGGAGCAAAACACGCACGACCACUGCGCUGCUCUUCUAAAUGACUUGGAUUCGGUUGUUUCGGAGUUCACCAAGUUACUUGCUAAUAGCAAGAGACGGCGAAUACCAAUGCCCGGUCCUUCUACGUCUAGAAAAAGUCUUGAGUCCACAGCGUCAACUGAGGAAUUUUUUGAUGCUGAGGGAGGCGAAACGGAUAGCCGAGCGCAGGUUAUGAUGAUUGCUCGCCGUGAGAGCGAUGAAGAUUCCCACGAAUCUGAGGCCGACGAUGCUACUAUUGAUGACACGUCUUCGACAUCGUCCGUGGAAGAUGGUGAAGGGAAUACAGGAGCUAGUGGUGCCGCGGCUCUUUUCCCUCUACGGCCUAAAUCUCUCGCUCCAUUACCGGUUGACAUCGCUGUAGAACGACGAAAAACCAUCCCCGCAGCUACUGUUCCGCCGCCUAGUCUAAUCGCAUUCUUUCGCAAGAAUGUUGGCAAGGAUUUAAGUACGAUUAGCAUGCCCGUCUCGUCUAACGAGCCUAUAUCGACUCUGCAGCGUGUGGCCGAACAGCUCGAGUAUGCUCAGCUCCUUGACCAAGCCGCGCAGCAGAAAGCUCCAAAGGACCGCAUGGUAUACGUCACUGCCUUUGCUAUUUCUAAUCUUAGCGUCAAUCGUGUAAAAGAACGUGCCAUGCGUAAACCAUUCAACCCCCUUCUAGGCGAAACUUUCGAACUUCUUCGUACCGAGAGUGAGGUUCCCGGUGGAUUCAGGCUUAUUGUUGAGAAGGUCACCCACCGUCCGUUACGUGUUGCAAUGCAUGCCGAUGCUGCAGCCUGGUCGCUCACACAAAGCCCCGCCCCAUCACAGAAAUUCUGGGGUAAGAGUGCAGAGUUGACUACUGAAGGACGGGUUCGCGUAGCCUUGCGGCUCCCAGAUGGCACUGAUGAGCUAUAUUCGUGGAAUAUUGCGACCAUGUUCUUAAGGAAUGUCGUCAUGGGCGAGAAAUAUGUUGAACCGGUUGGAACGAUGACCGUAUGUAAUGAUUCUACAGGAGCAAAGGCGAAUAUCGAAUUUAAAACGAAGGGUAUGUUCGGCGGCCGGAGCGAAGACGUUGAGGUUCAAUUCUGCGAUGCGGAUGGAAGCCAGAUUGGAACCGGCCUCGCAGGCAAUUGGACGUCCUCACUUCGCCUUGUGGAGGGUGGCAAAACAACUAACAAGGAGAUCUGGAAAGCUGGUCAACUCGUUCCCAACGCGCCAAACACUUACGGCCUGCCGGAAUUUAGUGCCACACUUAACGAAAUAACGCCCGUCGAGGAAGGUCGGUUACCACCUACAGAUACCCGAUUGCGUCCUGACCAGCGGCUUGCGGAACAGGGCAAGCUUGACGAUGCCGAAGAAUGGAAGGUAACACUCGAAGAGGCACAGCGCGCAAGGAGGAGAGAUCUAGAAACUAAGGGGGAAGAGUAUAAGCCGCGAUGGUUCGUCAAGGUGCCUGAAGCACCCGACGGGGAAGAGUUAUGGAAGUUGAAGCUUGGCAAGGAGGGCUAUUGGGAGGAGAGGGCAAAAGGAGAAUGGAAGGGCAUUGAACGUAUAUUUGAAGCCCCAGCCUGA